UCGCAUCCUCAAUGUAGAAUAUAAAAAAAAAAUAAAAAAAUAAAAAAUUGUGAUAACUACAACAGCAUCCCACAUACAUACAUAUAAAAAUUUAGUACAGAUUUUUCACAAAACAAACUAUACACCGAUACUGAUACCAUGGACUCGAAGUAUGAGGAAUUCCUGAAACAGCAGCAGAACAUAGCCAGAGAGGUUUGCGACUCGACGCCGUUGGUAAGUGAGAGGCAGGCCUUGAUAUGCUUGAAAACCGAAUAUAUGGGCGAUGAGGUCUUCAUCGCAAAAAUCGAGGGGCUGCUGAAGAAAUAUAAAUACAUUCGACGCACUCGUCCCGACGGCAACUGCUUUUUCCGAGCAUUCGCGUACUCCUAUCUCGAGUAUUUGAUUACAAAUCAGGCCGCUUAUCAUGAGUUCCGAAAACUGGCCGAAUCGUCGAAGGACAGGCUGGCCGAGCUGGGUUUUCAGAGAUUCACAUUGGAGGACUUCCAUGAAACGUUUAUGGAUGUUAUUACGCGUCUGAAUCCCACCUCGCCGGGUGAAAAGGAACCGGGACAGCUGCAGAGCGAACUGCACAGAAUAAUGAACGAACAGGGCUACUCGGACUAUGUGGUGGUCUAUCUACGGCUUAUCGUCUCGGGAAAACUGCAGGAGGACGCCGAGUUCUAUCAAAAUUUCAUCGAGGGCAACUACACAAUCGAGGAGUUCUGCCAUCAGGAGGUGGAACCCAUGUACAAAGAGUCGGACCACAUCCACAUCAUUGCUUUGUGCAAGGCUCUACGCGUCGGAGUACGCGUCGAAUAUUUGGACAGAGGUGGCAGCAGCACAGCCAACACCCACGAUUUCCCCGAAGGCUUAGACCCGAUGGUCUAUCUCAUUUAUAAGCCGGGUCAUUACGAUAUCCUGUACCCGAAAUGAGCUCGGAUUUUUCCCGCCUAUAUCCCGAAAUUGCCAGUACCUCAAGCUUUUCAGCGAUUUUCGCACUCAAAUUCAAAAAUAAAAUGUUAAACAUUGUUUAA